AUGCUGCUCAGUGAUGCUCCUGCCUCCACAACCACCAAGAGUGCAUUCGUCGACCAGGCCACCGAAUUCGUCAAUGCGGGACAAGCUGCUAUUGUUACAGAUUCUGAAGUUCCAGAGUCGGUCAACACCCUGUUUUAUCUCACAAAGGGAAUAUACCAAAUGGCCAGGUUUUCAUGGGUCGGAGCCGAAAAGGAUUUUGAUAUUGUGCUAGCGAAACACAGUUCGAAUGUCAUUGCUCUCAUGGGCAAGGCACGUAUUCUUUAUGCUCGUAAACAAUACCGCGAAGCACUCAAGGGCUUUCAAGAAUGUUUAACUCUCAACCCGAAAAUGCUCCCUGAUCCACGAAUCGGAAUUGGUCUUUGUUAUUGGCAGCUAGAACACCGAGAGCGUGCGUUAGCUGCCUGGAAACGCGCUGAACAAGUGCACCCAGACUCCUGCAAAGAUCCCAAGGUCCCAGGACAGCAGAGACAAGACGCGUUUUUAGAAGGUGUUAACCGGUUGACUCAGGCAUGGCGAGAGAGCAACCUCAAUAAUGCUAGUGCUGCCACAGCCAUGAGUGAUGUAUUCUUGUUGAAGGGACAGUUAAACAAGGCAUGCCCUAAAAGCGGCCGAGCGAACAAUUCAACAUGCGGAUACGCUCUCGGUCGCAGUCAACGGCCGGCUCCGUGCUGCUCGUGUCGCCCAUACGGAAGGCACUAUGACGCCGCCCUCGUCCACUAUCGCACUGCAGCCGAAGAGCCUUCCCACCCGCUUCUCGCUGAUAUCGGUCUUGCACAAAUGCACGUACAUAUAGACGAACUUUCUGCUGCCAUUCACGAUCUCGAUAAACUUGUCCAACGCAACGCAGGUAUUGAAGCUAGUGCAUUCCUUGCUUCCUUGCGGGCGUUCCCAAGACCUGCUUUAAGUGCUGCGGAUGCUGUGACUGAGCAAGCCAAGGCGAAGGAAAUAUUCGAUAAGGUGGUCCGAAUGAUUGACAACGGUGCUGGGUCUGGUACGGGUGGCGUUGCGUCUGACCGGGACAUGUACAUCGAAAUCGCUCGACUUUGGCAAAAGGAUAAUGCCGACAAGGCUACCAAGGCUUUGAUUCAGGCUGUCAAGUUGGCUGGAACUCCCGACGCUCGAUUGAUCAACAACGUAGCGGUUAUGCGACACAUGGAAGGCGAUUUGGUAGCUGCGAAGAGUGGGUAUGAAGAAGCAGCGAUGGUCGGAGGUGGAGACUCGGAUGAUGUGGUCACCACUGUGCUAUACAACCUCGGAAGACUGCAUGAGGACCUAGGCGAUACAACUAUGGCGGGCGAAGUAUUCGAUAAAUUGCUUGCGAGACACCCGGAAUAUGUUGACGCCACUCUCCGGAAGGCUCAACUAUACAUGAGUGCAGGCCGCACAUCUGAAGCCGCUGCGCUCGUAAAACAAGUGUCUCACACGCACUCCAAAGACCUCAAUGUCCGGGCCUUUGUAUCCUAUUUCGCUUUAUCAUCGGAUCCUGUCCCGGUACAAGACGCACGCGCAUUCGUAUACACCACACUUAACAUCGAACGUGCGGACGUUCAUGCGCUCUGCGUCGCGGCAUGGAUCAACUACCAUAUGGCCCGUGAAGGCCGAAACAUGCCUGAACAGGAUAAAAAGAAACGCUACAAGAAUGCGAUUGACUUGUACAAGCAGGCACUGCUGAACGACCCGACAUGUGCAGUUGCAGCGCAGGGAUUGGCCAUCAUGAUCGCCGAGGACGUAACUGGGUUGGCCAUCAUCCCGGGCCAGCCACAAGAGGAGGCGAGGCAGCGGGAGGUCAAUUUGCGUGAUGCGCUGGGAGUGUUUACGAGGGUAAGGGAGAGUCUCGUGGAUGGGAGUGUGUACUGCAACAUGGGGCAUUGCUAUUUCUUGAGGGAGGAGUACGACCGAGCUCUAGAAUGUUACGAAACGGCGUCCAGGCGAUUCUACAACGGGACAAACGUCUCGACACUUAUUCAUCUCACGCGUACUCUGUACGCGAAAGCUAAUCGCGAUCAAUCUUUUGCGACUAUGCGACAGGCAUUGAGCUACGCUCAACGCGCCUCGCAUCUUGCGCCAACAGACAAAUCAAUUGUGUAUAACAUUGCGAUGAUAGAACAAAAGGCAGCCGAGAUGUUGUUUGCGCUUCCGCCCGACAAACGGACGCUGGUUGAUCUGGAAAGCGCUGUCCAGCAUGCUGGGCACUCACAAAAAUUGUUUGCUUCCCUUCACGCAGACCCCUCUUCGACCACACCAUAUAAUCGGGAUGUCGCAGACCAGCGGCGAAAAUACGGCGACAGUAUACUCCGAAAGGCACCAGAACAGCUCAGCAUCCAACAAGCAUACGAAGCUCAGAUCAACGCCCGACGAGACGCAGCCAAGCUCAAGCGCCAAGAAGAAAGUGAACGAGUUCUGGAGGCCGAGCGAAUUGCUAGGGAGGCAAGAGAGCGAGAGGCUGAGAGGCUUAGGGUGGACCGCCAAAAGGCUAGGGAGGAAGUAGAGAAGUGGAACGUAGAGUUAGCCAUCAAGGCUGAAUCGAGUGAUGAAGAGCGCGAGCGCAAGGCAAGGCGCAAGCGGGAAGCUGGAGAGGGAGGAGAGAAGAAGAAGAGGAAAAAGAUCAAGAGGGAGGAUGAUGAGGGCGGAGCGGUGUUUUCGGACGAGGAGUUGGAGGAUGGAAACAAAGAGGAGAAACCCAAGAAGCCCAGGUUGAAGAAACGCGUUGUCCAGGACGCGGAAGACCUGGAUGAUGAUGCAGCGAACAGGAAGAAGAAGAAAGUCAAAAGCAAAGCGACUAUAUCCGACUCGGAUGAUGAGUAG